AGAACCCCAAAGGUACUGACACCUUCAUCCUCCUCCUCCUCCUCCUCUUCCUCUUCCACCUCGUCGCGGUGCCGCAGCAGCAAACGCGAGCCCUUGAUGAAGCACAGUGACGCUGUGGGGAGCAUUUUCAGUGCAUCCCUGUGAAAACACGAAGAUAGUGAGGUGUCUUUUGGAUGCAAACGCUUCACAGGAGACGAUGAGAGGCUUCCUGCUGAGUGCUGUCUUUCUGUUGCCCUUGGUGGCCUCAGAGUCAGACCACUGCAUAAUAAAGCGUGAACAUGAGAAAUGCAUGGAGAGGAUCGCAAUGCACAAACCAGAUGGCGCAGAAUAUGCAUGUGAUUGGAUGUGGGACAACCUGACCUGCUGGCAGGCGUCCAAUGUCGGGGAGGUUGUGGAGGUUAACUGUCCGGAGCUCUUUCAUGACUUCAUGGGCCCUGAGGAUGAAAUGGGGAAGGUCAGUCGUAACUGUACUGAGGACGGCUGGUCAGAGCCUUUCCCUCACUAUGUGGACGUCUGUUUUUUCUAUGAUAACAAUAACACUGGCAUGUACUACGCAUCAGUCAAAGCACUGUACACAGUCGGCUACAGCACGUCGCUCGUGUCUCUGACCACAGCCAUGGUCAUUCUCUGCAGGUUCAGGAAGCUCCACUGCACCAGGAACUUUAUUCACAUGAAUCUGUUUGUGUCCUUCAUCCUGAGAGCCAUCUCAGUCUUCAUCAAGGACGGCGUGCUGUAUGCUCAGGAAGACAGUGACCAUUGCUUUGUGCACACAGUGGCAUGUAAAGCAGUGAUGGUUUUCUUCCAUUACUGUGUCAUGUCCAACUAUUUCUGGCUGUUCAUUGAAGGUCUGUAUCUCUUCACUCUGCUGGUGGAGACUUUCUUUCCUGAGAGACGCUACUUCUACUGGUACACCAUUGUUGGGUGGGGAACUCCCACAAUUUGUGUGAUUGUCUGGGCUGUUCUGAGGCUACAUUUUCAUGACACUGGAUGCUGGGAUACAAAUGAGAACACUGCCCUCUGGUGGGUGAUAAAAGGACCCGUGGUUGCAUCCAUAAUGAUCAAUUUCGUCCUCUUCAUUGGAAUUAUUGUGAUCCUGGUCCAGAAGCUGCAGUCCCCUGAUAUUGGAGGAAAUGAAUCGAGCAUUUACCUCAGCUGUGCUCAGAAAUGCUUCAGUGAGCCCACACAGGCAGUUCAGCAUUCGUGCAGGAUGUCAGAGUUAUCCACCAUCACACUGCGUCUGGCGCGCUCCACCCUCCUGCUGAUCCCUCUCUUUGGUAUUCACUACACCGUGUUCGCCUUCUCACCUGAAGAUGUCAGCAAGAGGGAGAGGCUUGUGUUUGAGCUAGGGCUUGGGUCCUUCCAGGGCUUUGUGGUAGCUGUCCUCUACUGUUUCCUCAAUGGAGAGGUGCAAUCGGAGAUCAAGAGGAAAUGGCGCAGCUGGACGGUGAACCGGUACUUUGCUGUGGACCUGAAGCAGCAGAGGCAUCCUUCAUUGGCCAGCAGUGGAGUGAACGGCGGGACUCAGCUGUCGAUCCUGAGCAAAAGCAGCUCCCAGAUACGCAUGUCGAGCCCGCUGGCGGAGAACGCCAACAUCAGCCUCCCAACCUGAACAUCUGAUUGGCUGGUGUCAACUUCAAGGUGCCGUUCCACUUACCUACAUCAGACCAACCAGAACAGACCAAAGUGGCCCCUCAAAGCUCUCACAUGUAGUUAUUUUGCCUUUAGAAUAUGAAUCUUUCUGAAGAUAUUUACUGGAGGUGCACAGCUGGAUUUUAUGUUUU